UACUUUUUGGAGCGAACAGCUGUUUUGUAUUUAUGUUAAAUUGUAAAAUAUAGUUGUGUACAAACAUUUUGUUAAUAUUCUUCCAAUAAUUGAAUACAAGUAAUGUCGGCCUAUGUAAUGGCUAUCACGUCCGGGGGAGGCCUGCCGGUAUUUUCUAGAAGAAAGGGAAACUCUGAAAGUCUUUCAUUCUCAACCCUUGGAUCUUUAAAUGGGGUUCAUAUGUUUGGAAAACCAUUAAAUAUUGAGCUACUGAAUACUCUCACUGAUGACUAUGGUGUUGCCUGGAAAGAAUUCAAUGACAGUCUGGUCAUAAUUGCUUUGGCCACUGGUUGCUCUACCGAUGUAUUAAGUCGACUUCUUAGAAUUUGUUAUGACGCUAUAGUCCUGAUUGUUGGAAUCGAUGAAGCAAAGAGCCAAAGAAAUAUUGAUAGAUUAAAGAGGGAGUUGAGGGUAUGUUAUCCAGUAAUCGAUAGACUAUUAGACUCUUUGGAUUGUGGGGACUCAAGCAGCAAACAUUGUUCAGAUAUUGUGGGAUAUGUGGAAACGAUUUUGUGUCCAGAAAAUCAUCUCAUUCAAAUAGUUUUAGACUCUUUCAGUGAGUGCGUUGAUUCCAUGUUUAGCUGCAUCUUAAUCAAUGGAAAAAUUUCAGCAGCAACUGAGAAUUGGUGGUCUCUACAUCCAAAUGAAAUAAAGCUUCUUCUUCUCUUAGCGGUCACAGAAAAUAAGGAUAUUUCAAAGGAUAUCCCAGUUUUUUUACCAUACAAAAGCCCCACAGUUGCAUUUCGUUUUAUUGCGUGCAGCUUAAUAUCAGAUGUUCAAGUAUGUUGUUUAUGUGGGUCCACUCCAGCCCUUUUGGAUAUCGAGCAGGCUGCUACUCAGUGUUUUAAAAAUUCCACGGAUAUUUUAAAAGCCGCCUCACAGGUUGCUUUAAGGAAUUUUCCUUAUAAUAUUUCAGUGGAUCCAGGUAUUUUGGGGUUACUCCUUAUUAACCAAAAACUUCGUAAGUACAUGAUCUCGAAAAACCCGCAUCAGCCAGCUUCUAGAAAAACGUCAAGCAGCUCACACCGACUGGAUAUACUCAGAACUUUCUUCUAUCAGGCCGUAAUGAACUUUCUAAUUCCCAACACGCAAACUUGGCAAGAAAAUAAUUUACACGACGAACAAAAGACUGAUAAGUUAUCAUUGGACGAUCAAAACGAGGGCACCGAGACGUAUUGGUGCUCGGAAUAUCACAAAUGUCACGCGUUAAAAGUUGGCAAUAAUAUUUUGUGUGUUUUGUAUAACUCAGCUACACCGACGCAUGCCAUGAGGUUGAUAAGUAAGAGUACUCUUAGCUUGCUGAUUGCUGAUAAGCAAGUUUGUUGGUAAAAUGGAUGAUAUUAAAUGAUAUUUCCAAAUUAAAAAAAAAAAGGUUCACGGAACAUAAUACUGAAAACACUAUUAUUUCAUUUUUAUUUUUUUGACUUAUUUAUUUUAUUCAUUAUUCAUUAGUGACAAUAAUUAGAAUGCAUAAAGGAACAUAUUUAUUUAUAAAGAGAUCAACUAGGUUAAAUUGAAAUCUGUCAAUAAUGAUUUCUCCAUCUUCUUUUUAAGAAUAAUAAACUAAUACUAGGUAUUAUAAAAUAAAUUAAACGUACUAAAAUCUAUUUUAAUAUAGUUCUACUAAAAAUCACUUAUACAAAAAUUACAUAAUAUAAGAGUUAUAGAGAAAUGUAUUUGGAGUUAACCAAAACAUAUUUUUGCAUUUUGCAUAGUCCCCCAAAGAAAAAAUCACAUGGGGUUAUAUCGGGGAAGCCAGCGGGCCAAGAAAUGUUCAAAAUUCCACUAUUUAAAAUUUAAGUAACAUUUAGUGAUUGACUGAAGUAGAAGAAAGUAGGAGUCAAUAAACAUGCCACGUUUUAUGAAAAAGUUGCAAAUGAGUUUUUUACAUAAAUGAUUUUCUUCAUGCAUUGUAAUAAAUGUUUCUUAAAUAAAUACAAUAAAUUAAAUAAAUAAUGUUACAUAAAUACAUUACAUUAAACUCUAACGAUAUAUCAAAAAUAUAAUAGAAUGAAAAUAAUUAAAAUAAUUAAAAAGUUCAUAAGGUGUCACAAAAAUCGUAAAUAUAUCCCUCAGGUCUAUCUACUCCCGUGUAUAUGCCAUGAACAUAGAACGAAUGCAUGUUUAUAUCGUACUAUAAAUAUGUGAUCUGUUAUACAUAUUAAGUAUUGUAAACGUUUGUUGUAACCAUCCUAUCUCUGUAUUUUAAUUAUAACUGUAUAACUGGAACUUACGUCCUAAAACUUAUUUAAGUAAUAUAUAAUAUAGAUAUUUUUAUACAAAUUAAAAAAUUACUGAAUA